UGGAGCUGGAACACGCAUUGUUUAUUUUCUGGAAGAGAAUUGUGUUUUUACGUAAAUUAGAAUUUUACACGUAUUUUAAUAAGUAAACAGUGAAAUAUUAUUAAAAAAUGGAGCGAUUAUGUACACUAGAAAAUGAAAUCAAAGAAUUACGUCAGAAAUUAAAAGAAAAGGAGGAUGAAAUGAGUAAAAUUCGCCGCGAAUUAUUUGGUGCCCAAGGAGACUUCCGAGCCUGGAUCCCAGGCCAGGGUCAAUUGGAGACCAGUUCUACAGAUGCUGGUACAGUCCAAUGCGGGACACUGCCCAAAUGGGCUAUAGAGAGGUACAGCAGACAGAUCCUGCUAAAAGACAUCGGAGUGCAUGGUCAGACUAGGAUCUGUCAAGCCAAGGUGCUGAUCGUGGGAGCAGGGGGGUUAGGAUGCCCAUCAGCCAUGUAUUUAGCUGCUGCCGGUGUAGGAGAAAUCGGCAUAAUAGAUUACGACGUGGUUGAAAUAACGAACAUACAUCGGCAGGUGUUGCAUUUUGAACAGGACGAGAAUGUCAGCAAGGCUGAGUCUGCCGCGUCUACGCUUAGAAGCAUAAACUCCCGUAUAAAAGUGACGCCUUACAAUCUACAAUUGGAUUCAAAGAACGCGAUGGACAUUGCGUCUCAGUACGAUGUCAUACUGGAUUGUACCGACAAUGUGCCUACACGGUACAUGCUGAGUGAUCUUAGCUGUUUUAUUAAGGUAUGUAUUGUAAUGUUGGCAUAGCGUAGCAUAGGUGCAGCGUAGCAUAGUGUAGCAAAGCGAUAGCAGCAUAGCGGUGCUUCAUACCAGGGUCCGUGUUACCGCUGUGUGUUUCCCACGCCCCCCUCUCCGGAUGUAGUGGGGUCGUGCUCAGCUCAUGGGGUCGCUGGACCAGUGCCAGGAGUUAUAGGUAUACUGCAAGCUAUGGAGGCUCUGAAAAUAAUACUAGAUAUGUCACCGGACAAGCUACUGGUUGAAAGGAUGUUAAUAUUCGAUGCUGAAGAUAUGACCACAAGAACUGUGCGUCUUCGCAAACGUAACCCGUCUUGUGCGACGUGUUCAGAUAAUCCAACAGUUACUCAACUGGUCGACUACGAAGCUUACUGCUCAGCCCCUGCCAAUGAUAAGGACCUAUCCUUGAAAAUUUUACCUCAAGAAAAUAGAAUAACAGCGUCUCAAGUUUCAGAAUUGAUGGGGAAGGGAUCGCCUCUUGUGAUCGACGUUAGGGCGAGUCCUGAAUUUCAGAUGUGCCAUGUACUGAAUACUGAAAACAGACCUAUAGAUGGAUUGAGAGGAUCCAAUUUGGAUCAGCUCGUGGGGCAGGUGGAAGAGAGUCGGGAACCUGUAAUAUUCAUCUGUCGUCGAGGCAACGACUCUCAAAUCGCCGCAAAAUUGGUCCUAGACAGACUCCCUGAGGUACACCGGUCUAAAGUCAAAGAUAUGACCGGUGGACUCCACGCGUGGGCUGCUCAGGUUGAUAAUAACUUCCCCAUCUACUAAAACGGGGUAGGCAGAGUAGUGAAAUGUUAUAAUUUUUGUGAAUUUUGUAUGUAUAUUGGAGUUAUUGUUGUCAAAAGCCUUGCUGUGGUCGGAGAAGAUGUUUUGAUUUUGUUAUAAUUAUGUUUUAUUCUUGUUAUGUGAUUUGGUGCUAAAUAAGAUUUAAGUCGACCUAGGUUUGAAUCUCGCUUUAAUCAUAUUAAGAAUUUUUAUAAUAACUGUCGUGAGACAUACUAAGUUAACUAAAAAUCACGGUUUACUCACUUACGAAGAUCGGUUAUUAAUUUUUCACUUAAACAUCCUAUGAUGUUCAAGUGAAAAGUUCCGUUUGAAAAUAUGUAAUAUUUUAAUCAAAAUAUAAACGCAUACAGGUAUAUUAUUCCUAUAUUUUUAAAAUAGUAUAUUAUACUUAAUAAUUUGUGUACUUAUAAUAGUUAGUAAGUAUAUUUUGUUGUUAUUGUUAAAUUUUAAUAAAACGGGAAUGAUUUUAAAAACAUAAUAA